UUGAAUUUGUUCAGCAAACUUAGCAGCACCCUCUGCGCCGUCUGCUCAUGCAAGGAGGCACUCCUUACUGCUGCAGCCGGGCUCUGCCAGACUGUUGUUUUCUUAAACAGUUGUUUCCUUGCACGGAAUCCCCUGUUUUGCCUAUUAUAUGUGCCCUCAGUUCUGGACAGAACGGUGUUCUUUCAGUUUUAAGUGAUUACCACUCAGCUUUGCAUGUAUGGCUUUUGAAUGCCUGCUUCUCCUUGUUACUCCUCCAGAACUGCUGUCAUGCGUAUUUUAUUCUUUUGCCUGGCCUCUGUACAAUUACUUCCUCGUGUAAGGAUGGCAGCUUCUCUGCCGUGAUUUCGAUGUCCAUACUCCGAGUUCUGACACACGUAGAAGGGUUAAUUUAUGUACAAAGAAUUGUUAGGGUUUUAUGUGUUCCUUCCCUUGUCACCUGAGAUGGCGUUACAUGGGGGAUAAGUCUGUAGGUGCUGAUUUACUUUCGAGUUUCCUAUUUGCAGAGUAUUUGUGAUGACACUUGUAUUCUCUUAAACUUAGGAUUAAUGUGGGAAGCUAUGAUUGUCUUCUCAGCCUUUCAGAGAUCGCUUCCAACAUACCUUUUGUUCAAGCACAAGCAACUUCUCUGUAAUGUUGGGACGUUAUUGGGGAUUUCGAUACAGAGACGGAAAAAUGCUCUGAAAAUACUUCAUCUGAAAUUUCAGACUGGACAGACUCGCAGUGGCUUCUAAGCCAGUGAGAACAAGGCUGCCAAAGCAUGCUGGUGCCAAGCUGUCAGAUGAUGCACGUAGUCAGGCCAGUGGUGGUGCUCCUGUGCUUGCUGCUCUGUGCUGAUGCUGAAACACCACCAAAGUUUACAAGAACUCCCGUUGACCAGACAGGAGUUUCAGGAGGAGUUGCCUCAUUCAUCUGUCAAGCCACAGGAGAUCCAAGACCUAAAAUUGUCUGGAACAAAAAAGGAAAGAAAGUCAGCAAUCAGAGAUUUGAGGUAGUAAUAGAGUUUGAUGAUGGAUCUGGAUCAGUUCUCAGAAUACAGCCACUGCGCACACCCCGAGAUGAAGCUAUUUAUGAGUGUGUGGCUUCCAACAGUGUUGGCGAAAUAAGUGUGUCCACGAGACUCACUGUUUUACGCGAGGAUCAAAUUCCUCGAGGUUUUCCAACCAUUGAUAUGGGCCCACAGCUGAAGGUGGUUGAACGAACUCGUACAGCUACCAUGUUAUGUGCAGCCAGUGGCAAUCCUGAUCCUGAAAUAACUUGGUUCAAGGAUUUCUUACCUGUUGACACAAGCAACAACAAUGGCCGCAUCAAGCAGCUACGCUCAGAAUCUAUUGGUGGUACACCAAUAAGAGGUGCCCUCCAAAUUGAACUGAGUGAAGAAUCUGACCAAGGCAAAUAUGAGUGUGUUGCAACCAACAGUGCGGGUACACGCUAUUCUGCCCCUGCCAAUCUAUAUGUCAGAGAGCUGCGAGAAGUUCGAAGGGUCCCACCGAGGUUCUCUAUACCCCCAACAAAUCAUGAGAUCAUGCCUGGCGGGAGUGUAAAUAUCACCUGUGUUGCGGUGGGAUCACCAAUGCCAUAUGUGAAAUGGAUGCUAGGAGCAGAAGAUUUGACACCUGAGGAUGAUAUGCCAAUAGGGAGAAACGUCCUUGAGCUUAAUGAUGUCAGACAGUCUGCAAACUACACUUGCGUUGCUAUGUCUACCCUUGGUGUUAUAGAAGCAAUAGCGCAGAUAACUGUCAAAGCCUUACCCAAACCUCCUGGAACACCUGUGGUGACAGAAAGCACAGCAACUAGCAUAACGUUGACUUGGGAUUCUGGAAACCCUGAGCCAGUUUCGUACUACAUAAUCCAACACAAACCCAAAAACUCAGAGGAGCCAUAUAAAGAAAUUGAUGGGGUGGCCACAACACGUUACAGCGUGGCUGGCCUAAGCCCAUAUUCCGAGUACGAAUUUCGGGUAGUUGCUGUAAAUAACAUUGGGCGCGGGCCCCCCAGCGAGCCUGUGUCAACAAGGACUUCAGAGCAAGCACCUUCAAGUGCUCCACGCAAUGUACAGGCCCGUAUGCUGAGCUCCACCACCAUUCUGGUACAGUGGGAAGAGCCCGAGGAACCUAAUGGGCAAAUUCAAGGUUACAGAGUUUAUUACACCAUGGACCCCACUCAGCAUGUCAACAGUUGGAUGAAGCACAAUGUGGCUGACAGCCAUAUUACCACUAUUGGGAAUCUGGUACCCCAGAAAACAUACUCUGUGAAGGUUCUUGCUUUUACUUCUGUUGGGGAUGGACCACUUUCUAGUGACAUUCAAGUCAUCACUCAAACAGGAGUACCUGGUCAACCAUUGAACUUCAAAGCAGAACCUGAGUCUGAAACGAGCAUACUGCUUUCCUGGACACCUCCACGGUCUGAUACCAUUUCCAGCUAUGAACUGGUUUACAAAGAUGGAGAGCAUGGGGAGGAACAACGGGUUUCCACUGAACCUACUACAUCGUAUCGCCUGCAAGGCUUAAGGCCAAACAGCCUGUACUUGUUCCGCCUAGCUGCACGGUCUCCUCAAGGCCUGGGUGCCUCAACAGCAGAAAUCUCAGCCAGAACCAUGCAGUCAAAGCCAUCAGCUCCUCCUCAAGACAUUAGUUGCACAAGCCCCAGCUCCACUAGCAUUUUGGUAAGUUGGAAACCUCCACCGGUGGAAAAACAGAACGGCAUUAUCACUGCAUACUCCAUCAAGUACAUUGGAAUUGAUGGAGAAGAUGUCAAGCCCCAUGAAAUUUUGGGAAUUUCCUCGGACAGUACCCAGUACCUUUUGGAACAGCUGGAAAAGUGGACUGAGUACCGGAUCUCUGUGACUGCUCACACUGAUGUUGGACCUGGCCCAGAGAGCUUAGCAGUAUUGAUUCGGACAGAUGAAGAUGUUCCUAGUGGUCCUCCUCGCAAAGUCGAGGUGGAGGCUGUCAACUCCACUGCUGUUAAAGUGUCGUGGCGCUCGCCUGUGCCCAAUAAGCAGCACGGCCAGAUACGAGGCUACCAGGUGCACUACGUGAGGAUGGAGAACGGAGAGCCAAAGGGCCAGCCCAUGCUGAAGGACAUCAUGCUGGCGGAUGCACAGUGGGAAUAUGAUGAUACUGCUAAUGAACAUGAAAUGAUAAUUUCUGGCCUUCAGCCUGAAACCACAUACUCUUUCACUGUGACAGCCUAUACAACUAAAGGUGACGGAGCACGCAGCAAACCCAAACUUGUAUCUACUACUGGUGCAGUUCCAGGCAAACCUCGGCUUGUGAUAAGCCACACACAGAUGAACACGGCUCUAAUUCAGUGGCAUCCUCCAGUGGAAACUUUUGGCCCGCUGCAGGGUUAUCGCCUCAAGUUUGGCCGCAAAGAUGUGGAUACCUUAACGACCAUGGAGUUCUCAGAGAAGGAAGAUCACUUCACGGCCACAGAUAUUCACAAAGGAGCUUCUUAUGUCUUCAGGCUCUCAGCUAGAAAUAAAGUGGGCUUUGGGGAGGAGAUGGUUAAAGAGAUUUCUGUUCCUGAAGAGGUACCCAGUGGAUUUCCCCAAAAUCUCCACUCCGAAAGCUCUACUUCUACAUCAGUCCAAUUAACUUGGCAGAUGCCACUCUUGGCAGAAAGAAAUGGCAUUAUCACCAAGUAUACCAUCUUGUACAGAGAUAUCAAUGUUGCUUACCAGCCAGUUGAACUCCCUGUUGUUCCUGCUGAUACCACUAUGACACUUUCUGGCCUAAAACCAGAUACCACUUAUGAUGUAAAAGUACGUGCCCACACAAGCAAAGGGCCGGGUCCAUAUAGUCCAAGUGUCCAGUUCAGGACACUACCCGUGGAUCAAGCAGUGUUUGCAAAAAAUUUUCAUGUUAAAGCAGUAAUGAAGACUUCUGUUUUACUGUCCUGGGAAAUUCCAGAAAACUACAAUUCAGCUUUGCCUUUCAAAAUCCUUUAUGAUGAUGGGAAAAUGGAGGUUGAUGGACGUGCCACUCAAAAGCUGAUCACAAACUUGAAGCCAGAGACAUCAUACUCAUUUGUCCUGACAAACAGAGGGAAUAGUGCUGGGGGUCUUCAGCACAGAGUAACCGCAAAGACUGCCCCAGACGUGCUUCGCACAAAGCCAGUCUUCAUUGGGAAGACCAACUUGGAUGGCAUGAUAACUGUGGAACUUCCAGAAGUACCCUCAAAUGAGAAUAUAAAAGGCUAUUACAUAGUUAUUGUGCCUUUGAAGAGGUCUCGUGGAAAGUUUAUCAAACCAUGGGAGAGUCCAGAUGAAAUGGAAUUAGAUGAGCUGCUUAAGGAGAUAGCUAGGAAACGCAGAAGCAUUCGUCUUGGGAGGGAAGUUGAAUUAAAGCCAUAUAUUGCAGCUCACUUUGAAGUUCUUCCCACGGAAUUCACAUUGGGGGAUAAGAAGCAUUAUGGUGGAUUUGAGAAUAAGCAACUGCAGAGUGGUCAAGAAUAUGUCUUCUUUGUAUUGGCUGUAAUGGAGCACUCAGAAUCUACCAUGUAUGCAACAAGCCCAUAUUCAGAUCCUGUUGUGUCAAUGGAUCUUGAUCCCCAACCAAUUACAGACGAGGAAGAAGGCUUGAUUUGGGUUGUUGGACCAGUUCUUGCAGUGGUGUUUAUCAUCUGUAUUGUUAUAGCUAUACUUCUUUAUAAAAGCAGUAAACCUGACAGGAAGAGGGCUGAAUCUGAUUCUAGGAAGAGCAGCAUACCCAACAGCAAGGAGGUCCCCUCUCACCAUCCCACAGAUCCAGUGGAGCUGCGACGCCUUAACUUUCAAACUCCGGCUUUGAGCAGUAAUUCAGUCCCCUACGCCUCCCUGAUUGGCUCUGUGUCCUCCCUCUCUAGCCAAACUACCACUCAGUCCUUAUAUGAUAAUAACUCUCUCCCACGAUUCGCUCGAAAAGGUAUGGCCAGUCAUCCCCCAAUACCUAUCUUGGAACUUGCAGAUCACAUUGAAAGAUUGAAAGCAAAUGACAAUUUGAAGUUCUCACAGGAAUAUGAGUCUAUUGAUCCUGGCCAGCAGUUCACAUGGGAACACUCUAACCUGGAAGUAAACAAACCAAAGAAUAGAUAUGCGAAUGUAAUUGCAUACGACCAUUCUCGUGUUCUACUCUCAGCAAUAGAAGGCAUCCCGGGCAGCGACUAUAUCAAUGCCAACUACAUAGAUGGAUACAGGAAGCAGAAUGCUUAUAUAGCAACGCAGGGGGCACUGCCAGAAACCUUUGGCGACUUCUGGAGAAUGAUGUGGGAGCAACAAGGUGCAACAGUCGUCAUGAUGACAAAACUAGAGGAGAGGUCCAGGGUGAAGUGUGAUCAAUACUGGCCAAGCAGAGGCACAGAAACUUAUGGACUAAUCCAAGUCACCCUUUUAGACACUGUUGAAUUGGCAACGUACUGUGUUCGUACAUUUGCACUUCACAAGAAUGGCUCAAGUGAGAAAAGGGAAGUGAGGCAAUUCCAGUUCACUGCCUGGCCUGACCAUGGUGUCCCAGAACACCCAACACCAUUCUUGGCUUUCCUGCGACGAGUCAAGACUUGCAACCCACCUGAUGCUGGACCUAUGGUUGUGCAUUGCAGUGCUGGAGUCGGCAGGACUGGCUGUUUCAUUGUGAUAGAUGCCAUGUUGGAGAGAAUAAAGCAUGAAAAGACUGUAGAUAUUUAUGGCCACGUAACUCUAAUGAGAGCACAGAGGAAUUACAUGGUUCAAACUGAGGACCAAUACAUCUUUAUCCAUGAUGCACUGCUGGAAGCAGUGACAUGUGGAAAUACCGAAGUGCCAGCCAGAAACCUGUAUGCAUAUAUCCAGAAGCUGACACAGAUAGAAACAGGCGAGAAUGUCACAGGAAUGGAACUGGAAUUCAAGCGUCUUGCUAGCUCUAAGGCUCACACUUCAAGAUUCAUCAGUGCCAAUCUUCCAUGUAAUAAAUUCAAAAAUCGCCUUGUCAAUAUUAUGCCAUAUGAAUCCACAAGGGUAUGCUUGCAGCCUAUCCGAGGAGUAGAAGGCUCUGAUUAUAUUAAUGCCAGUUUCAUUGAUGGAUACAGACAACAAAAAGCUUACAUAGCUACACAGGGUCCUUUAGCAGAAACAACUGAAGACUUCUGGAGAAUGCUCUGGGAGCAUAACUCUACAAUUGUGGUCAUGCUCACUAAGCUACGAGAAAUGGGCAGAGAAAAAUGCCACCAGUACUGGCCUGCGGAGCGCUCAGCCAGAUACCAGUAUUUUGUGGUAGAUCCAAUGGCAGAGUACAACAUGCCACAGUAUAUUCUGAGGGAAUUCAAGGUUACAGAUGCAAGGGAUGGCCAGUCCCGAACAGUGAGGCAGUUCCAGUUCACUGACUGGCCAGAACAAGGAGUGCCAAAGUCUGGAGAAGGAUUUAUUGACUUCAUUGGCCAAGUGCAUAAAACAAAAGAGCAAUUUGGUCAGGAUGGACCAAUUUCUGUUCAUUGCAGUGCGGGCGUUGGAAGGACUGGAGUAUUCAUAACCCUGAGCAUUGUGCUAGAAAGAAUGAGAUAUGAAGGUGUUGUAGACAUCUUCCAGACUGUCAAAAUGUUAAGGACACAGCGGCCAGCCAUGGUACAGACAGAGGAUCAAUACCAGUUCUGCUAUCGAGCCGCACUGGAGUAUCUGGGCAGCUUUGAUCACUAUGCAACAUAAAAACCCAUUGUGGAUUUUUAUUGCAGGCCCUUUAAGAUCCAGAGAGCCGCUUCUGAGCCAUACAAUGUGCUUUAGAAGUACUUCUUAACUCUUAGCUAAGGAGCAAUUAUUGGGGAUAUAUAAAAUAAAAAAUAAUAAAAAAAGAAACAAAUGAACAAAAUAUUGGGGAUAUAUAAAACAAAAAAAACAACAAAAAAAAACCCCCACCCAACAAGAAGUAUUCCAUGUGGACCAAGAAUUCACAGUUUAAUAACCUAACCAUAAUAAAAGAAUCCUGACCAAUGAGGCGUCUGAAGGAUCUCAUUAACAGAUACCUCAAGGGUUUGACAUUGGUUGAAGUUAAAGGGAAGAGGAAACUUAAUCAGAAAGAGUGAUCAUCUUAUUCAGGAUUACAUGAUUUUGAAAAGAGGAGUUUUGAGAACUGCAGUUCAGUGCAAGAUGUUUGUUGCAAGGUUGGGUUCUGGCUUCCCAAACAAAGCGGACUCCUUACUUCAACAUCACCGUUUCCCAUCAUACUGCUCAUCAUAACACUUAAGGGAAAAUGUGGGAAUGUUUAAAAAGAAAGUCCUUGAUUUAGUUUUUUAGUAUUGUAAAGAUACUGCUGACCUGUGCUUCAUUUUUAACUGUGUAAACUUUUUUCCUUUUUUUAACAAGAGUUUAUCAUUCGAUGAAGUGAAUUAAAGAAAAAGUUGCAUAACUGUUAAUAUUUUUGUUUAAAAAUGUAGAUUUUUUUUAAGCUGUAGAACUGUUAUCUGUAAUAUUGUGCUGUAGAAAUGUUAGAUACUUUGAAAAUUUGCACAUUUUUGUGCAGUCCUACAGUACCACAGUCUUGUUAGAUAUGAAUUUUGUAGUUUUAUUUGGUUUUUUUUUUCUUUAAGAAAAUAUUCAUUGUAAUCAGUUAAAUCAAAAUGGGGGUUUUGGUUUAUUUUGGAAUCAACAGGGAGGCGCAAAGUAUAAAGAUGCUGCUAGCACAUACACACACACGCACACAUAUGCACAUGCACACUCACACCCUCUCUCUUUUAUAUAUAUAUAUAUGUAUUACUGUCUACCCUUUUUUGACUCUCUGUAUAGUUGCAGAGAAUACAGAUGGAUUCAGAUACAGAUUCACACACAUGCACAUAAACAUAUCAGUCCUUACAUACCUGGAUUUAUGAAAGCAUUGGGAAAGUUUUUCCACAUACUACAAUUGUACCAGACUGCAAUUUGAUCAUCUCUGCAUUUUUAAGGUCCAUAAACUUCUGUUUCAAAGAGAAGUGAGGAAUGCACAUCAUUGAUAUUUGAAUGCCAUCUCUAUCCCAAAUAAUAUUUCUAUCCACAUUUCCACCUGAACACACACACAUGCACACAUACAGAGCACACACAUGCACACACGCACACAGAGUAUGUGAUUUAGGCUUCAAGUGAAGUUCAAUAUUUGUAACACUAUAGUGCAAUAAGAAAUCAUAUUAUUAAAUGUAGGAGGUGUGCAUGUGGGAAAGGUCAGUGCAUAUCCCUUUAGGAGGGGAGAAUGUUGUAAUAUACUAGGUAUUAAGAUGUUUUAAAAUUGUAUUCAAUAGUAUACUGUCUAUAGUGUGCGCUAUAUAAUUUACAUUUAUCGUAUGUAACAGGGCAAAGCCAAACACACAUUGCUCUGUGAAAUCAAACGUUUUGUGGCAUACAGCAUUGUUUGGGGAUGCUGGGGUUUAUUUUAAUUUUACAUUUAGAGUGCCUUAUAUUUGAUGCCUAUUUUGAAUAGUAUUUCUUUAAGUUAGCCUUCAUUUGUAUUUAGUUUAGUUUGUUUAUAUCUCUGUUGUUCUUUUCAGACAUUUUAAUACAUGUACCAGACAAUUUCGAAAAAUAUGCAUUUCCAGUUUCCAAUCAAGUAUGGAUGGUAAUAAAUGAUAACCCAAAACAUAUAGGUAGUCAAGGCCCUUUAUCUUUCCAUAUUUCUAAUAACAGAAUAGCCCACAAAUUGGAAAUCUAUUUCUGGUUGGCUUUUCAAACCCACUUUGUCACUGGUUAUAGUGUUAUCUGUCAUUGCCGAGCUGUAGCAGCACAGUAGCAGUAGUUGACAGCAGCAGUUCUUAUGCAUCUUCCUUUUUUCUUUUAUUUUCUUUUUUUUUUUCAGAUUUAUUUUGGGACAAGUCCUGCUCAUUCACUUGUGUCAACAGAUUGCUAAAGUCAAACCCUUGCUUUCAGUGGGAAGGUUCAUGUAAGGCCAGCAAGACUGAGCCCACAUGACAUAUUGGAGAUUGACAGAUUUUAUUCCAGGAAAAAGGAAAAUUUUCUAAACAGCACAAAGUACUUUUUGAGACUCUUUCUAGAAUGCCGUUUACAUUGACCUUGGUCAGCGUGUGUUCUGCCAUUGUUAGUACAUCAGCAUCAAAGGAUGCUUUCUUUGGGGUUUCAAAUAGGAGCAUUGCUGUAGCUUCUCCAUGUGGCCUCAACAUUUUUAGUUCUUCUUCCAAUUUUCCCACUCCUAUGAGAAGUAAAAAUAAGAAAGACCAAACUCCAGCAAUUGUAUUUGAGCACUUUUGUAAUGAAAAAAAAACCCAAACCAAAAAAAUCAAAACAGAAGUAUAAAUAUAUAUAUAUAUGGAAUAGAAGUAUUAUAGAAGGCUACCUCAGAAUGAGAUUCUAUAACUUACAUCUGAACCAGAGAAGAAUGUGCACUAUGUUUCUUUCUCUUCUUCCUUCUUGAUUUAUACUUUGAAAUAAUUAUUAAAAUACCAGGUUAUGUAGUGUGGUCAUGUUCUUGAACUCAAACAUAGGAAUUCAGAAAUACAAAACAAAGUGUCAUUUUGAAAACAUAGACUAAAGAAGGUUCCUGCACACUGGAUCUGUACAAAGAUCAGUGCAUUUUCCCUAGCAGACUGUCUUGCAAGCUCCAACAAAAAUAAGGGAGUAAAAGAAAUACAAAAAAAGGCAGAGCCAAUUUGUGAGAAAAACUGUUGAACAACUAAAUACUCCUUUCAGGUUUUUUGUUUCUUAUGAUAGCUCUUAGCAUCAUUGAUGUGCAUUCCACUUUCUGUAUUCCAAUAUAUGUAUUCUACAGUUAAUUUAAAUUGUGAGCAUCUUUGUCUACAUACAUCAUACAUUUCCAAGCUUAAAAUUGGUUUCAUCAGCAUAACCAGUACGGUGCUAUUAUUUACGUUUGUAUGUGUAGUUAUGUCUAAUUCUGUAAUUAGUUACAAUGGGGGAAAAAACCCACAAAAUAUAUAAAAAUUAUUUAUACAAAGGUUUAAUUUAGCUCUUUUUUAAAAAUUUAUUUGAGUGGUUAGAUAGCAGAGAAGAUGGCUGGGGGAAGGAGUGACCUUCUAAGGAGAUUUGCACUUUCUAUAUAUACCUUUGUACUAUGCACUGCCCUAUUGAUUCUACACCCAAUAAUAACUUGAACCCAUCUGUAAGAAAUUGCUUACAAAACCCACUUGUAUGUAUUUAAAAGACACAGAACAUGUAAAAGGAAAAAAAAAGCAACUGCUUUUUUUGCUUCCUUUUAUUCUCUCCCAUUUUUCUUUUUUUUUUUUAUUUCUUUUUUUUAUUAUUAUUUUCUUUUUUUUUUUCCCCUUGGUGCCCUGAUACUCCACAGAUAUCAGAAGGCUGCAGGUCUCAUUAUAACCAUCCAUUAUGUGGCUUUGCCAUUCAAGCUUGGAGUGUCUUUACAAAGAUAAUAAAAACUUGUGUUCUUUGCUCUUGUUUUGGAUGCAUAGACUGAAAAACUUUAAAAAAUUACCUUGUAAAAUGGCUUGUUAAAAAAGAUACAAUUACCUCUAAUUAGUAGUACGCGUAAAUGUUUUACAGAAUGAAAGGCGUGCUUUUUAUUUUCUUACUUCGUUACAUUGGUGGCAAAAGGAAGUCUGUAUGAAAAUCAGUUCUUUGCUGACACAAGUUCCAUUUGUUACAGAUGAAUUCUAAUAAAAUGUCAGUGUUAUGCAGCCCUGGUCUUCUUUCUUAAGCAGUACUUUUGAAAUCAAAACUUGUUUGGUCCCUCUUGGUGAUAAAGGAAUUUAAUUGAAACUACAAAGCAGUCAUUAAUCUUCUUAACUAGCUGCUGGACAGUGGAAAAUGCAUUCUUAGGUUAGAAAAUAUAUAUCAUCUUCAGCAGCAAGCUUUGAGCCAGCAUAGGCAAACCCUUUGGCAUAAUUUCUCAUAGUUCCAUCAGCUUAAUUGAAAUGACCACAUUUUACUUGCCUCUGGAGUUCCCCUUUGUUCUUUAGAAAUGUAUCACUACACUGAGAGAAUAGAUUGUUCUCCAUUCAUGGGUGCAACUCAAAGAGGGCCAAAUAUCCACACAUUUGAGGUAAAUUGUGAAUUUUUAAUCCCUGCAGAUUUAGCAGCUUCUGGGGUAAAUCCAAAGUCAGUAUUCAGUCCCUGGAAUUGUGGCAGGCUGUCAUGAGUUUUGACUGAUUUCUGUUAUGCAUCACAUAUGCAGUGAGUGCAAAUGUGAGUCUGUGAGGCUACUAUCCAAAUACUGUGGUAAAGUUUUUAAACAGGUUGGAAAAGUUUUAGAUGAGUAAACACACCAGGUGUAUCGAGGCAAGCUACAAAGGGCAUGGCAUGGCAACCUAUUCAAAGAAAACAAGUCUUGCUCUGUCUGCUUGUUUUGAAAGAAGGCAGGUUCUGUCUCCAAGAUGACUUUGUAAGAGAAUACAGUCUAUUAGCAGUUAGUAUUAAGUACAUGUUAAUAAAGAAUUCUCUGUGCUGGAAGGAUGUGCACAUUAGGGUGAUUUCGAAGAACGUGUAUUGUUCUUGGCCUAAUUUCCACUUGAAGAUGGUGAUAAUAGUGUAAAUGUGAAGCCUUGGUAUUCUUACAGAGGCCUAUUAAUGUUUUUCCACUGACUUCUGUGGAUUUUACAAUUACUGCAUUGCAGGCUGCCUUUGACUUGAACCUUUUUUGCGUAGUCUGUGCAAGGUGGUUUAGAGCUGUGUUAUGUAAGGGUUUCUUUAACUAUCUGAGUGGCUUUAGAUGGUACCCUUUAAUGUCAGCAUUGACUUCUUUGGAUUUUCCUGUUCUGUGCGUCUAGCAUGGACCAUAAUAAAGUGUGAAAAUGAGUAUUGACAAAAGUA